AUGAGUUUGUGCACAAGAAAAGUUGAGAAGUUCAUGCUGUCUAUCUUAAAGAAACACAGAAAUCUCUCGAGUGCAAACCUACUGGUUAACUAUGAUCCACUAUUCAACCUUUCACCAGUUUUUAGUAGGACCAACAGUUCUAAUCGAAUGUCGGAGGACCACAAGUCCAGUCUGAUCAAGAGUCUGCUAAGAGUGGCUACACAAGCUGAAAACUCUCAUGGUCAACCAGAAGUUCGGCCAUCAAAACAUCCAUGUCUUUGGAAGCCACCAAGGCAAAUUCAGCAGCUUUUGCCACACAUGUUUUCUGAAGAUGGAAAACUGUUGCCAACAGUCACUGUGGAGGAGCAGCUGAAAGGACUGACGCUGGUCUGGGAGCUAGAGGAAGCAGUCAAAGUGCUGAAAACCUCAGUGACCAAUGGGUGUGAGCCCAAAAGUUCAAUUAUUUUGGAUUUAUUACAGCAACUAGCAAAUAUGGGUGAGGUUGACUGUCUGCUGGAUCUCUAUGAGUUCCUCAAGGAAAGAUCCCUGACAACAAAUCUUCGUUUCUACCGUUUACUGCGGGAUGCAUAUUUCAACAGUGGAAGGAUUGAAGAAGGUGUUCUGAUGCUGAGAAUGAUGUAUCACAGAACUCGUGAUUUCACUGACACAGAAAUAUUUUUCACCUUGCUGACGACAAUGGUACUGAAGCACUUUGAGCAUCUUUUACCGUUGAUAGAAAGUUUUAUUGUAGAUCUGGAAGAGAGUGAUCCUCCUGUGCUGUCAUCGAGAGCUUUGCUAUGGCGUUGUUAUGUUUUAGCUGAACAGUUUCAGAAAGCUGAUGAACUUUUGGCCAACCAUGAACAUGUGAAAAAGAUGUUGCCAGAGCAAGUAACAAGGAUAGUUCAAUCUCCACUACAGUUGGACUACAACAAAAGCACGGUGUUGAUGUGGCUGCUGCGACUACCAGACAUCCAAGCUGGCCUGAAAGCAAGCGUGUUGGAUGCACUCAUUCAGCAUAAAAGUGAAGAAGGUGAAUGGUUGCAAGCUCUGGAGUUAAUAUCCACUGCAGUUAACAAAGGCCUGAAAGUUCACCAACAGACAGUACAAGUGUUUCUCAUGAAAUUUCUUGGCCAGCUAUCACCUCAACAGGUUCAGCAACUCACAGACUGGACAGAUCACUUAGAAACAGGAUUGGAUAAGGACAGCAGCUGA